GAGGCACCCUUCAAAAACCCUCCUUGGUGAUUAUCAAAGAAGCUAAAUAAAGAAAGAAAAGGCACAGAAAGAAGCCGAAAAAAUAUAUGAAAUUCGUAUAGAUUUGAUAUUGGAAUGAAUCACAAAACAAUUUUUGGGUUUUGUUGAUUUGGUCAGAAAGAUUUAGAGACAGCAUGGCAAUGCCGUGGGGGAUGACUCUGUGGAUGGCAAAGAUCGUGUGGGUGGUACUGAGUGGGUGGGUCUCAUCGUGCUUGACUGUAGCCGAUGACAUUGCUAGCUCUCUCCGGACUGGUGAUAUUGGUCCUUUCCAUGUUGGCUGAGUCAAUUUCACAAUCAGUGCAGCGAGCCCUCUGGUUUGUCUUAUGAAACUUGGUAGUUGAUUUCUUUAGGUAUGUUGAAUUGCCUGAUUUCUUGAUUGCUUGAUUGCUUGACUGCUUUAUGUUGAUUAUUAGAAUACUCAAUUGGGAUCGUUUUGUUGUUUGUUGGAUUGGUGUUUAUUUAAGAAUUGAAUGGUUAAUGUUUGAUCAUUUUUUAUUUUGCUCCAAUCCAGAUGCUGUGUAUUUUUUUGUUCUUCCUUUUAUUUUAUUUUAUUUUUUUAAUUUUCUAAUAUGGGUUGGAUCUCAUAUAUCCCUGAUUUGCUAUAUGAGUGCUUAAUAAAUCAGGAAUUGUAACUGCAACGGUCACUUGAAUCAUAGCCAUGAGACAGAGGGACAGAUACCAUUUUUGUGGGUCACCUAACUAUUUAUUAAGACUAAUAAUUUGAUUUAGAAAAAUUCAAUCUACCGUUGAGCGCACAUUAAAUGAUCAAAUUUGAGCAAACACCGAAUCUUGGAGCCAGUUCAGGAUUUGCAGUUGGAGCUUUGGAUUCUUUCCUUGUUUCAGGGGUCUUGUUAGGGAAGGUAGUAGUGUAUGUUUUCAGGUGGAUGGGAAAUUUGCUAUCAAGUCCUAUUACACUGUUUUCUACAGGGUGGGGUGAGGAUUUCCUUGGAAAGAGAUUUAGCAUAUUGCAGUUCCGCAGAAAGUUUCUUUCUUUAUGCAGAUUUAACCUGUUUCACAUUAAGGGGUUACGUGAAUACCAAGUCCUGACAGUUUGUAUGUGUAAGGAAGUGAUGAAGAGUGUAGAUCAUCUUUUCCCGCCUAGUGGAUUGGGAAGUGUAUUCUAUCUGUCACUUUCUGCUUGGCAGGCAGUGAUCCUUCAAAAAACUUGUUAUUGGCUUGUGUUGGUGAUUUUUGUAUAUGUCCCUUCCUGUGGGGUUUCAUAAAUUUUGGCACACUGCUGUAGCACUCAUUUUACUCACUAAAAAAAGGGCUGUCAUAGAAGGUUUAUUUGAAGGAAGAAGCAGGGAAUUUGAAUAGCACCCCCAUGUUUGCUUGGUUUGGAUAAGAAAAGUGAAAGAACCUUUGAAAGCCUUGAGUGGCUAGUGGAACACCCUGCCAUUACUUGGCUUGCACUCAUGAAGUAUACCGUACUUCAAGAUCAAGGUCACGGCUGCAGAUGCAGAUGUAGUUGCUAUAUAACUUCAUUGGGUUUAGUGGACAUUAUGCCUGGGACCACACCAAAGUUGUGCAUUGUUUUUAUUAGGCUGAUAAAUUUCUAGAAUCUCACCAACAUGAAUGUUUUGAUCCCAUAAUUCUCAUAUAUUACUGAUUUUGUUUUUUCUAUUUUCUUGAGCUAAAUUUUACGUAACCUACUAGAAGUUGAAGAGGGUUAUCCCAAGGUUUCUGGGAAAAUCACCGGUGGCACAGAGCCUUGCAUUAGCAUGAUCAGCGUGCGAAACACAACAUGGAGUAAGCUCUACAUGGGACCUGGAAAUCCAGAGCCAUCUCUAAUUCUAGUUUGGAUCAGCAAAUGGGCUCUUGAACUGCUGGUUCAUAUUAUAUCAAUGUCAUAAGAAAACGGCCUGGUUGUCUUUAAAGCUUGGUUUUCUUUCAGUUGAUUGAGCAAUGGGAGUAACGCUGUUGACAGAAUUGUAUAGCAAAGAUGUAUUAUAAUGUUAUUGAUGUACUCAAAUUUGGUGGCUACGAAAUCUACUUGAUCUUGUUUCGGUUUUCAUCCUGCUUACUGCACCAGCAAUUUCCAGUCACUCCGUCCUCUAAAGCCUAAUUGAAGUUGGAAGUUUUUAGAAGGCUUUGCCCAUUACAAAUGGAAUGUACAAUUAGCCUAGUUUAGUGCAAUAGAAUGCCGUUUUUUUCCUCUGGAGUUUGAUAAAACGAUCAAAUAUAAGGCUAUGCAUUGGCAUGACCAAGUGAAUCAGUGUGACCCUUAUUUUUAUUUAUUAUCAAUAUUAUAAGAUCAUGACAGGUACCAAAGUCGGAGCAUAUCAAUCUUCCAUGAUGGCAAUUAUGACAAAGAAAUCACAUGAAUUACAUGAGUGAGUUUGAAGUCGGAAAAAAGCCAAGGCCCUAGAACUUUCUGAGUUCGACUAUCAUAGAUACUACUCCCUAGUUUGUUAAACGAUAUCGUUUUAAGGCACCUGGAAAGAAACGGCACCGUUUUCGGCCCUUCUGCAAUACUUGACCGUUGCCUGUCCUUAUAAUCUUUCCCUAGCUUUGAUUAGUUGAUUUUCAAGCAAAGGCUGAAAUGUUGGCACUUUCUCGAGUGGCAGACGUUGGCAAUUUUACCAGAAUGCCCUUUUUGAUUUGUGUUCAAAUCACUAUUCCCGCCCUAAUCAAUCUCAAGCUUCUGCGGAUACCCGGAUUUUAUCUUUACCACUCCAUCAAUGAUUACAGAACUGCCAAAAUCUCGAUACCUAGAAAAGAUUUCACGGUUGAUGGAAAUGUGGCACGGUGUAAUUGGAUGAUCACCAACCUCAGCAAAGAUGGACGAAUUAUGGAAGCACGAAGACUGUUCGAUGAAAUGCGUGAGCCGGAUGUGAUUACUUGGACAACUGUGAUAUCAGGUUAUAUCAAAUGUGGAAUGAUUGAAGAAGCGAGGAGGCUGUUUGAUAGAGUGGAUGCGAAGAAGAAUGUGGUUACCUGGACAGCUAUGGUUGGUGGGUAUAUAAGGUCGAAUAAGAUUUCCGAUGCGGAGAAGUUGUUUAAUGAGAUGCCUAACAAGAAUGUGGUUUCUUGGAACACUAUGAUUGAUGGGUAUGCCCAAAAUGGUCGAAUUGAUUCGGCUAUGUACCUUUUUGAGAAAAUGCCGGAGAGGAAUGUGGUUUCUUGGAACACGGUUAUGUCUAUGCUGGCUCAGUGUGGGAGAAUUGAGGAGGCACGGAGGCUCUUUGAUCGGAUGCCUGAAAGGGACGUGAUUUCUUGGACUGCCAUGAUUGCUGGGUUGUCAAAAAAUGGGAGGAUCGAUGAAGCUAGGCUGCUUUUUGACAGAAUGCCAGAGCGCAAUGUGGUUUCAUGGAAUGCGAUGAUUACAGGUUAUGCCCAGAACUUGAGAUUGGAUGAAGCUCUUGAUUUGUUUGAGAGGAUGCCCGAGAGGGAUCUUCCUUCAUGGAAUACAAUGAUCACAGGUCUUAUUCAGAAUGGGGAUCUAAGGAGAGCAAGGAAGUUGUUCAAUGAAAUGCCUAAAAAAAAUGUCAUCUCUUGGACUACUAUGAUCACUGGCUGUGUCCAAGAAGGAGAGAGUGAAGAAGCCUUAAAAAUAUUUUCAAGGAUGCUGUCAACGAAUGGGGCAAAGCCUAAUCAAGGAACUUUUGUGAGUGUUUUGGGUGCUUGUAGUAACUUAGCUGGUCUUGGUGAGGGACAACAGGUUCAUCAGAUAAUAAGUAAAACUGUCUAUCAAGAUAGCACAUUUGUGGUAUCGGCGCUCAUAAACAUGUAUUCAAAAUGUGGAGAGUUGGGGACUGCUAGGAAGAUGUUUGAUGAUGGGAUGACUAGCCAGAGGGAUUUGGUUUCUUGGAAUGGUAUAAUUGCAGCUUAUGCCCAUCAUGGAUAUGGUAAAGAAGCUAUCAACUUUUUCAAAGAAAUGCGAAAAUCUGGGUUCAAACCUGAUGAUGUCACCUAUGUGGGGUUGCUCUCUGCGUGCAGUCAUGCUGGCUUGGUGGAGGAGGGGCUAAAGUACUUUGAUGAGCUUGUGAAAGAUAGGUCCAUACUAGUAAGAGAAGAUCACUAUGCAUGUUUGGUUGAUCUAUGUGGUCGGGCAGGGAGGCUCAAGGAGGCUUUUGGUUUCAUUGAGCGGCUUGAGACCAAGCCAUCAGCACGUGUCUGGGGCGCUCUUCUUGCCGGAUGUAAUGUUCAUGCAAAUGUGAAGAUAGGGAAACAGGCUGCAAAGAAGCUUUUAGAGGUGGAGCCAGAGAAUGCAGGCACUUAUUUGCUGCUCUCAAACAUAUAUGCAUCAACUGGGAAAUGGAGAGAAGCUGCGAGAGUGAGGUUGAAGAUGAAGGACAAGGGUUUGAAGAAGCAGCCUGGCUGCAGCUGGAUUGAAGUUGGCAACAGGGUUCAUGUAUUUGUAGUUGGCGAUAAGUCUCAUUCACAAUCUAAGCUUAUUUAUUCUUUACUCCGCGAUCUUCAUUCAAAGAUGAAGAAGGCUGGGUACGAACCGAAUAAUGAUUUUAUAUCGGAUGAGGAUUUCUCAUUAACAUAAUGAAGUUCCAAACUUGAGAAGUUGAUGGUA